AUGACAAUGUGUGAAUUGGGAGUGCCCGUUCUCUAUCUUCCCGAUGCGAUCGGUUUCGCCGAAGGAUGGCUCAACUUUUUGCCCGUUCAAUAUCCAUUUGCUCUAUUCGCUCUAAUGUUGUGUCUGACAGCGGUGAGCGGAAUUCAUGCGAUGGUCUAUCGACAACAACAAUUACUUCCUUUCGAGUCAAAGCUAAAGUUGAUGAAUUGGCAGUUGUGGUUAUUCUGGAUUUUUGUCUACAUCUUUUUCAUUUUCCCUCCACCAUUAGCUGGCUUUCUUCUAACUUACACGAAUCGAGCAGGUGAAAUGGUGUCGUUGAUGGCUCCAGAAGUGGUUGAAGUCUAUCACUCGAAUCCAGAGCGAGUGUUCGCCUAUGAAUUCCAUGGGAAUACCUACGUUUUAAUCGUCGUCUCCACUUACUUGAUCAGCACAACCGGUUUAGGAGUCUUAUCAACAUUUUUCCUCUCCUCAAUGAUCUCCGGCUUGACG